GGACGAAUAGUAAUAAUAAUAUGGCAGGUGGAAGCGGUGAAUCGUGAACUUGGCCAAUUUACCUACUUACCGUCAACUGAAUAAUUUGUGUCCGUUUAAUUCAAUUACGUGCACUAUAUUCGUUUACGCCGUCGAAGUUUCCAGUCUUGUAAAAGGUUUUGAAUUUCACUUGUCGUUGUCUUUUAGUUACCAACCGCCCAUAAAUAGGUAGUUACCUAUCUAAAGAUGGAAGUCUGCACCAGCGAGAAUGGAAACUGUGCGGUUGCAAGUGAAGAUUUAUCGUGGGCAUUGCAAAUUGGCGAUCUUGACACGGUCAAAGAACAGUUGCAGAGACUUGCUAAAGAAAAUGGGGAUUGGGAUAUAAACAAUGUUUCAAAUGGAAGAACUAUGUUACAUAAGGCUUGUGAUUAUGGUCAUUUGGAUAUUGUCGAAUAUUUAAUUCAAAAUGGUGCUGAUAUAAAUAAGAAGGACAAUUUUGGUAUUACUCCAUUGCUGUGUGCUCUGUGGGAAAAUCAUUUCAAAGUUGCCAAGUAUUUAAUUGAUAAAGGAGCAAUUACAAAUUUAUUAACACCACAAGGAUUGAAGUACUAUGAAUGCAUUGAAGAUUCUGAGAUGAUAAAUUUAUUAAAGCGACUAGAAACUCAAUAGUUAAUUGUAUCCCUUUAAUUCAAUAAUUGAAUAAUCUAUCAAAGUCUAUUAUGUGUACCUCUAAUGUUAUUCACAUGUUAUUUGGGAUAAUUACACAAUAUAAUAAGUAAUAACUAAUUACAUUCAAAAAUUCCUUAUAUUUAAAAUAACCUUUUUAAAGGAUAGUUAUCAUUGUUAUUAUUUAUUAGUUUUAUGAUAUAACAUUUCACAUUUAUUUAUCAACUCGUUUUAAAAUAUUCUAGAUUCAUGAAAGAAACAAUUAUAAAAUAAUGACUGGAAUUAUAAUAUUUAUAAACACUUGUUCCUAUAGUAAAUUGUUGGUGGGAUAAUUUGACAAUAAGUGAUUAAGUUUUCAUUGUUAUUAUUAUAAUUAUUAAUGUGUAUCAAUAAAGUAAUGAAUGAUCAAUUAAAAAUAAUACAAUAAAUGUGAAAUUUGAGACCCUUUUAUAAGCAAAUUAAUAUUAAAAUUUGAUUUUUAGCAUGUUUAGACAUGUUUACAUGCUCUUUUAUAUUAACAACUAUGUUAAUCAUUUUAAAGUAAUAAAAUAUUAUAAUCAAAUUAUUAUUGUUAUAAUUAAUUACUAUUUAUUUUAUUUAUGUUUAAAUAUAGAUCAAAUGCUACUUUUUUCCAGCAGUUUGUUUGUUUUUAUAUAGGUAAUUGAUAAUUGAUCAUCUAUAAAAGAUUAUGCUUGUUUACAGAAAUUAUUUAUUCUUUGCAUGUUUAAGUUUUGAUGAUAUAUUAAUACAUUUAUUAAUACAAACAGAAAAGUUUUAAACAUAGUUUUAAAUACAUAUAUCUUUAAUAUGAAUAUAAUUUGUGAUUGAUACUUGAGAUAGUUAACGAAUUAAAAAUUAUUGUUGGAAUUGUAUAUUGCUGUAUUAUUAAUUAUUUUAAAUAUUAUUAUUAUUAUUACAAUCCAGAUGAAUAUUGUUUAAUAUUAGUCUUUAGAUGCACUUAUAUAAUACAUUUAUCCUACUGUAUUUUUUUUUAUUAUUAUUAUCAUUACUUCAUAUUACACUAUUUAAUUUUUUUUAAUAUAUCUUUAUCUAUUUA